AUAUUUAAAAAUAAAAUAAUAUUGAGGAAUUAAAAGGAAAUGAAAAUGAUGGAUGCUAAAGGGGAAGGAAACAGUGGGAAUGGGUUUGAAGGAGAAGAGAAGGGGUCGUCCAAAACGUCGUCGUCUUGGGGGUGUGCGCCCACGUGAACUUUCAAAGGGCGUCGGCGUCCCCACAGAGAUCUCCGUAUCCGUGGGUGGGGUCAGGCCACACGUGUCCCCCUCAUGCCUCGCACGUGAUCCCUCUUCAUCCUCUGUCCUAUAAAUUCUCAACCUGUGUCUAAUAUCCUCGACACUUUCUCCUUUUUCCCUCAGUCAAAAAACCCAUGAUAUAAUUGAUACCCCCUCGCCCAUUGGAAACACCACCACAAAACCAGACAAAAGUUUCUGGGACACAAAAUCUCCCGCUGACACGCACACAAACAUCCCAUAACCUGCUUCGUUAAUUUGCUUAUCAUCACACCUCAGACCUCCGACCUCAGACCUACCCACCCCGGCACACAGAAUUCAGAUUCAGCAGAUGCACGUAUAUAUACGAUACUGAUCCUCCCUCAAUCGUCCCAUAACGUGAGGUUUUUCUUAUAUAUAUAUAUAUAUUCCACUAGUAUUAUUUAUUUUGUAUGUUUGAAAAAGGGAUUGGACGAAUCUGUGCAUGUUGUGUGCAAAAUCUUUAAAGUGCAAUCCGGGCUUACGUUAGCGCCACGACUCCCCACGCUGGCAGCAGCAGCUGCCACCAGAUUUUGUUCUCUUCCCCAUAAUAACUGCUCUGCUCCGCUGCAUCCAUCCAUUCUCUUUCUCUCUCUCUCUCUCUCUCUCUCUCUCUCUAUCUAUAUAUAUAUAUAGGGGGUGUUGUUUUCUCUCGAGUCGAUUGAAUUUGACUAUGGCUACGAAUAAGUUCUUGCUGACGCUAGCAAUCUGCCGCCUGAUCGUGACCGUCGGAUUGACUCUGGACCCGACCGACCUGCUGCGGCUCGAGGUGGAAGGGCAUCUCAGCCGGGAGCCGUGCGACUUGGGCUCGGCUUCCCGCGACUUCGGGGGGAUGCGGAGCGCCGAGCCGAUGGCCGUCCUACACCCGGCGUCGGCGGAGGACGUGGCUCGGCUCGUGAAAGCUGCGUACGAAUCGGCUAAUGGGUUCGGCGUCUCGGCUAGGGGCCACGGGCACUCCAUAAACGGGCAGGCGAUGACCCCCAACGGGAUAGUCAUCCAAAUGAGCAGCGGCGGCCCACGGCUGGGGUCCACAAAGCCGGCGCCGCCACUAGUUUCGGAGAAUUCCAUGUACGUGGAUGUCUGGGGAGGCGAAUUAUGGAUAGAUGUCCUGAUGUCCACCCUGGAACACGGCCUGGCGCCCAGAUCCUGGACCGACUACUUGUACCUUUCAGUCGGUGGUACACUCUCUAAUGCAGGGAUCAGUGGCCAAGCCUUCAACCAUGGCCCCCAGAUCAGCAACGUCUACGAGCUCGACGUCGUUACAGGCAAGGGUGAGGUAGUGACAUGUUCGAAGGAACACAACUCAGAAUUGUACCACAGUGUUCUUGGUGGGCUGGGACAAUUUGGGAUCAUCACUAGGGCAAGAAUUGCACUCGAAAAAGCACCCACAAGGGUGAGGUGGAUCCGAGUGCUGUAUUCUAAUUUUACGGCGUUCACGGGAGACCAGGAGUACCUGAUCUCAUUGCAUGGUCAAACCCAGAAGUUUGACUAUGUCGAAGGUUUCGUGAUCGUCGACGAAGGGCUUAUCAACAAUUGGCGAUCCUCGUUCUUCUCUCCACGUAAUCCUGUCAAGAUUUCUUCUCUCAACGCUCAUGGAGGUGGUGUUCUCUACUGCCUCGAGAUUACCAAGAAUUACCAUCAAUCAAAUGCUGCCUCCAUUGAUCAGGAAGUGGAUGAGCUGUUGAAGAGACUGGACUUCAUACCAGCUUCAGAGUUCACUACUGAUCUUCCCUACGUGGACUUCCUGGACCGGGUGCACAAGGCCGAGCUGAAGCUCCGUGCCAAGAACCUUUGGGAAGUCCCUCAUCCAUGGCUCAACCUCUUUGUCCCUAAAUCAAGAAUAGCCGAAUUCGACACGGGCGUGUUCAAAGGCAUUUUGGGAAACAACACCAGUGGCCCUAUUCUCAUCUACCCCAUGAACAAAAACAAGUGGGAUGAGAAGAGCUCUGUAGCGACACCAAACGAAGACGUGUUUUACCUAGUAGCGCUUCUUAGAUCUGCUUUGGAUAACGGAGACGAGGCGCAGUCGCUGGAGUAUCUGAGCAAUCAGAACCGUCGGAUCUUGCGGUUCUGUGAGGAGUCCGGGAUCGACGUCAAGCAGUAUCUGCCGCAUUACACCGCGCAGCAGGAAUGGGCCCACCAUUUUGGGGACAAAUGGUCGUUAUUUUCGAGGAGAAAAUUGGAAUUUGACCCCAGGAAUAUUCUUGCCACGGGACAACAUAUAUUUACACCUCCUCCUCCUCCUCCCAAAUCUUCUACUUCGUCUUGGUAAUUAUUAAAUGGAAAAAAAAAAAAAAAAUUGUAUGCCUCUUUCAUCAUUUUAUAUAGGUCACAUAUCGAUGAAUUGAAUUAAUGUAUUCAUGUAAAUAGUUAGAUGCCAAGUGUAUACAUAUUGAAAUACUAUUAAUGAUUUAUAUUCGACUAUGGGCCCAAUGUGAAUGUGGGCCUUUCGAUCCA